AGUUGAAGCAAAACGUCAGAUUGAAAAAUGGCGUCAGUCACGGUUCGGGGCGGUUGUCUCUGCACCGCCGCACUGCUUAACUUUGCAUUUGUGUUCAUAUCCGGCGCGGAUUUCAUUCGCUUUUUAUCAUUUCGAGUCAUUUACCACAACAUCACGGGAGAGACGUCACUUUGUCAAGACUCCAUAUCAUGGUCAGCGGCCCUGCAGGACAGCUCUGUUCUUAGGUCUCUGCUUGUGGAUGUUGCUCUGCUGGCCCUCUUCACCCUGCAACAUAGUCUGCUGGCAUGGACUCCAGUCAAACAGGCCUGCCAGUCGGUCCUUGGGUCCCUGAACAGGAUGGCAUACUGCUUCACCACUGCGCUGGCUCUGCAGAUCCUAAUGAAUUACUGGCAGCCUGUAACUGGCGCCCCCUGUCUGUGGUCUGUGCGUCAUGCGCCAUGGAGCGUCUGGUUCCCUCUGCUCUGCUUUGUGGCGCACUUCUUCUGCUGGGCCAUCAUCUGCAGCAUCCUCCUGAUGUUUGACUACGCAGAACUGCUCGGCAUCAAACAGGUGUAUUACCAGUGUUUGGAUCUGGGGGACCCCCUGUCCCAUAAGUCGUCCGGUGAACAACGCUUCCUGUCUCACUUCCGCGUCCCGGUGUGCCUGGAGCUUGGCGUGGUCCUGUGGCUCCUGCCGGCUUUAUCCCUGGACAGGCUGCUGCUGGCAUUAACCAUGUCAGCCUACCUGGCGCUGGCACACUCGCUGGACAAACAGGAUUUAGCCUUCCUCUGCGACCGGCUUAGCAGCAAGGUGCAGCUCUUUAACGAGCCGUACCGGGACACUCCGCUCAAGGAGGAGUGAAAGUAGUCCUGCUACGCCCAUUUGUUCCAUAACAAAGCACUAUUUGUCAUUUCUGAUACAGCAGAUGUUUUUGUGCCUUUGUGCUAUUAAUAGUUUUGUAAAAUUAGACUUUAACAAUGUUUUUAAAUGGCGAUUGGAUAUUAAAGGCGAUUGUUGUUUUUAAUGCAAGGGUGUCCAAACCUUUUUCAAUUAGGGCUGCGCAUUGUGGUAUCUUUUUUGUUUUCUUUAUUAUUUUCUUUUAAUUAAAAAUUUUUUUUUUAAGUAUUAUAUUUUUUUCUUUCUUUUUUCUUUUAUUAUUAUUUUUUCCUUUUAAUUUUUAAAUUAUUAGGAUUUUUUUAAUUUUAUUUUUAGUUUCAGAAACUCUUUGUUAUCAGCCAUUCUCCUUCUGUCACCGGACAAAGUCAAUGUAAAAGCAGUGUUUAGUUUCGGUUUUGAUUUUGGGUAUGUCGACAACCGGUUAUGUCUCUUUGGCGUCGACAUAAACAAGCUUUAUUAUAUUCACAUUGAAAUAUUGUCUUAAUAAUUACACCCCUAUUCAAUUGUAUGUUAAUGAGCUCUCUUGUUUUAAUAGCUUGUUUACAAUAACAACAGCC